AAGUGAAGCCAAAUUUUGCAUUUGUUAGAAUUGUGCAAGUCGAGCACCACAUAUAGCGCUGACGUUCAAGCAAGCACCACGUCCUCAUUCAUUCCUCGAGAACUGCUUUCGCUUUUACACACACACACACACACACACUUGAACUCGUCCAUGGCGUUGGGAGUGACUGCUAUUAUUGCUGCUACAGCUCCUCUCAGGCCUUCUGCUUUCACGUGUAGUUCCAAAUGCAGCACAAGCAGAACCAGAAGCAGAAUUUCUGCCAGCAAUGGCUCUUCCACUCCAACUCUUACGCAAACCUUCCCAGGCAAACCAGAGGCAGAUGUCGUAGUUAUAGGAAGUGGCAUUGGUGGACUGUGCUGUGGUGCGCUCUUAGCAAGAUAUAAUCAAGAUGUUUUGGUAUUGGAAAGCCAUGAUUUGCCUGGGGGUGCUGCACAUUCAUUUACAAUCAAAGAUUACAAUUUUGACUCUGGUCCAUCUUUAUUCUCCGGUUUUCAAUCAAGGGGUCCUCAGGCGAACCCUCUAGCUCAGGUCCUUGAUGCAUUGGGUGAAUCACCUCCCUGUGUAACCUAUGACUCGUGGAAGGUAUACAUACCAGAAGGUGAAUUCCUGUCUCGCAUUGGCCCAACUGAAUUUUUCAAGGAUCUACAAACGUAUGGUGGUCCAAAUGCUGUACAAGAAUGGAGAAUACUUCUUGAUGCAAUACUACCAUUAUCUGCAGCUGCAAUGGCCCUUCCUCCAUUAUCCCUUCGAGGAGACCUGGGCGUUCUUUCAACUGCUGGUGCUAGAUAUGCCCCUUCCCUCUUCAAGUCUUUUCUUCAAAUGGGACCUCAGGGAGCCCUAGGGGCUACAAAGCUUCUCAGGCCGUUCGUGGAGAUACUUGAUUCGUUGGAGCUAAAAGAUCCCUUUGUACGAAACUGGGUGGAUCUUCUUUCCUUUUUGCUUGCAGGAGUGAAAUCUGACGGUGUACUUUCUGCAGAGAUGAUAUACAUGUUUUCAGAAUGGUACAAACCGGGAUGCUGCUUAGAGUAUCCUAUCGGUGGUAGUGGGGCUGUUAUUGAUGCUCUUGUCCGAGGUCUAAAGAAGUUUAAUGGCCGCCUCUCUCUUAGAAGUCACGUGGAGAGUAUUAUCGUUGAAGAUGGCCGAGCAAUAGGAGUGAAGCUAAGAGGUGGACAAUUUGUUCGCGCUAGAAAGGCUGUGGUCAGCAACGCAUCUAUGUGGGACACGCUGAAUCUAUUGCCAAAGGAAGUUCUUCCACAAAGUUACCAGGAGAGGAUCAAAGCAACCCCACAAUGUGAAUCAUUUAUGCAUCUACAUUUAGGUUUUGAUGCAGAGGGUAUGAGUGAAGACCUAGGAAUCCAUCACAUAGUCGUGAAUGAAUGGGAGAGAGGAGUUGAUGCCGAUCAGAACGUCGUUCUUAUCUCUGUACCUAGUGUGCUAAGCCCGGAUCUUGCACCCCCGGGGAAGCACGUCUUGCACGCCUACACACCCGGAACCGAGCCUUUCGAGCUCUGGGAAGGUCUUGAUCGCAAAAGUGACGAGUACAAGCAACUCAAAGCUCAAAGAAGCGAGGUAAUGUGGAAGGCUGUGGAGCGUGCUCUAGGCCCUAACUUUGAUCGUGGCAAGUGUGAGGUUAAGUUAGUAGGGACUCCAUUAACACACCAGAGGUUUCUCCGGCGGAACAGAGGCACCUACGGUCCGGCUAUAAAGGCCGGCAAGGCUUCGUUUCCCGGCCACUCGACUCCCGUCUCGCACCUUCUGUGCUGCGGGGAUUCUACUUUUCCUGGUAUCGGCGUGCCUGCGGUUGCCGCCAGUGGCGCCAUUGUUGCAAACUCACUUGUUUCUGUGUCUCAACACUCUCAACUUCUUGAUGCUGUAGGAUUGUAACUCUCUCUUUACAAUCGUUACUGCUUAUAAAUAUUACAUAAUUCUUUUCAAACAAGGGAUGGAAGCAUACAAAUCUCUUUUUAUAAA